AAAAACGAAAGGUGGGUCACUAGAGGCACCAAGUGUAGGGCGGUGUGAGCACUCUGGAGCACGCCGUGGACAGGGGGCCGGUGUAGGAGCAGUCCUGUAUUAGUGUGCUAGCAUGGGCUGAGCCCAGUGUAGCUCAGUUUUACAAAAAGCUGGAGAGAAUCGGUUGAAUGCUGCAUUUGGUGAACUAGGGGAAGGAGUCUGCUUGUGUGUGUGUGUGUGUUAUUAGGCUUGUAGGAAGCUCUGUUGUUGAAACCCCCAAGGGAGAUUCCAAAACUCACCCACUGGGACACAGAAUGGCAAACCAAAGGCAACCAGGUCUUCCCAACAGGCAUUGAGCUCUUAGAGGCUGUCCUGUGAAAGGAUGCUGUGGGCUUGCGGGCAGAGGCGUUUGUCCUGCUUGAGGUAGCGUGAACAUGCACACAAGGGGUCUCGACUUGACUGUUGCUGGCUGUGACCGGGGACUUCUGUGCUGUGGUCUGCCGUCAGCACAGCAAAACCUGACGCACAGUAGAUGUGCAUGCUUGAAGGGACUCCGACGUCUUGAUUGCGAGGAAGUGGGGCAGUAAAACCAAAAGAAGACAGUGCCUGCCCCUGGAAGGCGCUUGGCUUAGUGCUGUUCGUGCUGCGGUGGAUCGCCAUUGCGCAUUCUCAGGUGGGUGUCGCCAGGAGCAUCAGGAUCCGCGUCCUGCCUCCUGGGAUGCACCAGUCGCCAAGUGCCGGGCUGAUGGUGGCCACCGAGGGGGCAUCGUGAAGCCCCCACACAUCCACCUUCAUGUCUCUCUGUACCCAAAGGGUACUUGCUGGGAAAAGUAGGCAAGUUUUAAGUUGUCCUAGGUGACGGAUGCGAGCUAUGGCUCGUGGGCUGACUCUGCCCCCGUUGCCUGUGUUUGCGUGGCCUGUGACGUGAGAAAGGCUAUACAUUAUUAAAAAGUUGGAGAACAUUAAGAGUACUUACUAUUUUUUAUGACUCAUGAAAGCGACAUGAAAUUCACCUUUCAGUGUAAGAUUUUAUUUUAUUUUAUUGCCUUUAGCUUUUGUGCGCUACAGCUGCAGAGUUGGGCUUGGAGACAGCUUGCAUGGCCCGCAGAACUGGCACCAUCAACAUUCUGGCCUUGUGUAGAAUCCUCAGGGCUGGUGGGGAACGUCAUUGUGUGAAACGUGCAUAUUGCAAAAUUCAGGGCUGUGUUCAGGUUUCUGACGGGAGCCGCCUCCGGCAAUUUGGUUUAGAACAGCAAAUGUGUUUUCCAUGAAAUUCGGUUUGGCGGGGGAGGUUAAUUUUGUGAAUUCUAUGACACUUAGUGGACUGCUGUUGAGGUUACGUUCAAAAUCCCACAGUUUUCUUAGCCGGGGUCAGAGGCUGAAGGUCCUGUCACGACCAGGGCAGGUGCAGCCACGUCAGCGCUUGUUUCUGUUCUUUCCCGCAAACGGGAGACAGCACACGCAGGGAGGGACCCGCCCACCCGCCUUUCUCGCGGUGACGCCUGUCACUCUCCCGGAGCUCGUCCCGCGGUGACAGCGGCUCCCACGGAUUGGAUGGGCCCAAAGAGGGCGGGGAAAGCAGCUCACCCGCAGCCAAUCGGCUCGGGCCGGCUGGGGCUGAACCAAUCCAGCUCGACGAGGAAGACGCGAGUCCGUGCUUGUGCGGGUCGCUCGCGGCCGUGUGCGGCGCUGCGAGGCUUUCAGCGGGCCGGGGUCCCGGGUGUUCGGUCCCCCGAGGCCAUGGGGCGGCAGUGGGGACUCGCCAUGAGAGCAGCCGAGCAGGUGGGCUGCGUGGUGAGCGCCUCCCGGGCCAAGCAGCCCGAGGCGGGAUCGUGGAGCUGCAGCGGGGUGAUCCUGAGCCGCAACCCGGGCCUGGUGCUGUGCCAUGGGGGCAUCUUCCUGCCUUUCCUUCGGGCUGGCAGUGAGGCCUUGGCCGCCGCCGAAGCCGUCUUCCUGCCCGGCGACAGCUGCGGCGACGACCUGCGCCUGCACGUGCAGUGGGCGCCAACGGCCGCGGAUUCCAACGGCCGCGCCGACGAGGGCCGCCCGGGGCUGUGCACGCCGCAGUGCGCCGGCCUGGAGCCCAGCCCGCCAGCCCGGCUCCGCGGCCGGCCCCUGCAGUGCCCGCGCCCCGCCGAGCUGCUGCUGCUGCUGAGCUGCCCGGCCUUCCGGGCCCAUUUCGAGCGCCUCUUCGGGGACGCGGAGGGCGAGCAGUGGCGCUUCGCGAGUGUGGCGCCGGACGACGAGGGCUCGGAAGACGACGAGGAGGAUCAGCUGCGGGCGCUGGGCUGGUUCGCGCUGCUGCGCGUGCAGCCCGGCCCGGGGGCGGCGGCGGAGCGCGGGCCGGCCGUGGCCGUGGCCGUGGCGUCCCCGGGGGCGGUGCCCAAAGGCGCGCCGCUGCUGGCCUGCGGCUCGCCGUUCGGAGCCUUCUGUCCGGACAUCUUUCUCAACACCCUGAGCCGCGGCGUGCUCAGCAACGCGGCCGGCCCGCUGCUGCUCACCGACGCGCGCUGCCUCCCGGGCAGCGAGGGCGGCGGCGUGUUCGCGGCGCGGCCGGCGGGGACGCUCGUGGCGCUGGUGGCGGCGCCACUAUGCUGGAAGGCCCGCGAGUGGGUGGGCCUCACGCUGCUCUGCGCCGCCGCCCCGCUCAUCCGCGCCGCCCGCGCCGCGCUGGGCCGCCUGCGCCCCAGCGAGGCCGCCCUGGCCGCCUUCCUGCCGCCGGAGCUGGGCACCCCGCGCGCCCUGCCCUUCCGAAGCCCCGAGCCGUCGUGGGCAGCCGCCGCCGUGCUGGUGGAGUGCGGCGCCGUGUGGGGUUCCGGAGUGGCCGUGGCACCCCGCCUGGUGCUGACCUGCCGGCACGUAGCCCCUCGGGAGGCUUCCAGGGUCCUGGUGCGCUGUGAUGCUCCCAAGACUGUGGCAGUCUGGGGACGUGUGCUGUUUGCCACCCAGGAGACCUCUCCCUAUGACGUAGCAGUGGUGAGCCUGGAGGAGGCCCUGGACGGCAUUGCCAUGCCUGUACCCACCGAGCGCUUCAGCGAAGGCGAGGCUGUCAGUGUGGUGGCCUACGGCGUCUUUGGCCAGGCUUGCGGGCCCUCAGUGACCUCGGGGAUCCUGUCGGCUGUGGUGCAAGUGGAUGACACACCGGUGAUGCUGCAGACCACGUGUGCCGUGCAUGGCGGCUCCAGCGGGGGACCUCUGUUCUCCCCGCGCUCAGGGCGACUCCUGGGCAUCGUCGCCAGCAACACCCGAGACAACACCACGGGGGCCACCUACCCACACCUGAACUUCAGCAUCCCUAUCACGCUGCUCCAGCCGGCUCUGCAGCGGUACGGUGAGACCGGCGACCUGGGCGGCUUCCGGGAGCUGGACCACGCUGCCGAGCCGGUCAGGGUGGUGUGGCGGCUGCAGCGGCCCCUCGAGCCCCCGCGCAGCAAGCUCUGAGGCCGCGUCGCCCUCUGGGGAGCAAAGCAGCCGUUUGUGCCACGAGAAGUAAGGAGGUGACAGUGGGCUCUGGGCCGUGGAGCUGACUGGCCCGCCUCGUGGGUCCCCGGCCAGGCAGCCUGCUGAGGGUCCAUGGCUGAGCUCUCCCUCCUGUCUCCAGCACGUGAUGAAGUGGUGCGACUUUCUCGCUGGGGGAGCCCUGUCCAACUGCGCACAAGCUCCAGGCCUGCGGCGCAGAUGCUGACCGUAAGGCUGGCGGUGCCCCGGGUUUGUGUCUGCUCCGCAGGCAGCCACUGGUCAGGGACCCAAGUACUGGCCACCUGGCACAGCUGCUUGCCCUGGGUCUGCCCCUGGGUCUGAGGCGGGGCUGACAGGGGGCUCGGGCCGCCUCAGGACACCUGAGCGGGGAGGCCCUGCUCUGAAGACCAGAGAGGGGAAGGGCGGAAGCCAGAGCCCUCUGACCCCCCAGACCCAGGAGGGUCAGCGCUGUGGCGCUUUCACUCUGACAGUGCCUUCGCCUCCCGGCUCACCAGCUGGGUCUCAGGGAUCGUGGCUGGAACGUGUUUGGUUGGGCCUUUAGAAUAAACACGUUCUGUUGGAGAAA